AUGAAGUAUGAAAGGCCUAAUUUAAUUAGUAUUGUUACUACAUCAAGUGUAACCGCACAAUCGAUUUCAUUUAUCUUGAACUGGCAAAAUGCGCGCGUCGUUGGGUCCAACAGGGCGCUGGCGGGCGCGGCGCUGCUGCUGGCGGCGGCGGGCUCCGUGCUGGACGAGCUGCUGCGGCGGCGCGCGCGCCUGCGGGCCAGCCGCUACGCCGAGUGCUGCGCCGCGGCAGCGCCGGCCGGCUCCGUCUCCUCGCUGGACGGCGGCGGCUGCCGGGCCCAGACGCGCGCCUUCGUGCAGAUCAGCCCCGCGCCCUCCUGCGCCAACAGCGAUGCCGGCGCCGACCCGCCCCACGAGGAGCUGCACAUCGACAACAAGGGCUUCCGCCGCGUGGUGGAGAAGGACUUCCUGUUCCAGUCCAUCGGCAACGGCGCUUUCUCCGUCGACACCUUCUUCUUCAUCAGUGGGCUUCUGGUGUCGCAUAUCUUUUUCAAACUGACUUCCAAAGAGGAUAACCAAAGCAAAAAUAAGAAGAAAGCAGGCCUGCUGGACAGCGCGGUGCAGUUCGUCGGCGCCUUCUCCUACCGCGUGCUCAGGUUGACUCCACCAUACUUUUUUGUGAUGCUAAUGGCGUACUUAACGAGUCAAUGGUUUUCACACAACUCUGUCUUUCCUAAUCCUGUGGCAGAUCAUGUCAACUGCCCGCGUUACUGGUGGCGCAAUUUAUUGUACAUUAACACCCUCUUUCCUGUUGACAGUAUGUGCAUGAUCUGGAGUUGGUACCUUGCAAACGACACGCAGUUUUAUACUCUAGCUUUGAUACUACUUCUGUUGUCCAAGAGAUAUCCCAAGACAGCAGUGGUAACUUUAGUGAUAUUAGUUAUCAGCUCACUGAUAACAACAGCUGUAAUAGUUAUCAACACCGAUCACACUCCCAGGGUGGAAGAACCUUUGGGUCUAUUUGAUGCCCUUUACGACAAGCCAUGGAUGCGACUGGGUCCCUACGCAGUCGGGAUGGCCGUAGGCCUUCUUCUUCACCGAACGGGUCUUAAAAUGCAGUUGCACAAGGCCGUGGUGGUGUCCGGGUGGGCGCUGGCCAUGACGCUGAGCUUCUCGCUGGUGCACGGGCUGUACGGGUCGCUGGGGCCCGUCGCGUCCGCCGCCUACGUCGCGCUCAGCCACACCGCGUGGAGCCUCACCGUCGGCUGGGUGACCGUCGCCUGCGUCCUGGGCUACGGAGGACCCGUGAAUAAGCUGCUGUCGCACCCAGUGCUGUACCCGCUGAGCCGCAUCACGUACUGCGCCUACCUCACGCACCCCGUCAUCAUGCUCUCUGUCCUCAUGUUCAUGGAUGCGCCUGUCCACAUGUCGCGAGGCACCAUGUCUGUCACGAUCUUCGGCUACAUCGUCUCGUCGUACCUGCUGUCGAUGAUCAUUUCGCUGACGUUCGAGGCGCCCGUGAUCGCGCUGCUCAACCUGCUGCACCCGAUCCGGCGCAAGGUCAAGUGA